AACUAAUCAAACAUAUAUUCAAUUUUUUCUAUCCCAGCGAGAGAGGGGAUCAAAAUCGUCCAGAUCAACCGCUGGUUGGGGACCUGAUCCCCUGCUAUGACCGCUCAGGUAAUGUAAUAGCUUAUCUUCCGGCCUCUGUGCAGACCACUCGGUCGUCACACGCUUUAAGUACUCCACACAUUCCAACGACUCCUAUCACACAUAAAAUUGUGCACUCCGCCUCAAAUACUCCGUUCCUCCCUCGACUCAUGAGACACCACUCCCAGGAGAUCUUUGAUCUUCGCACAGACACAAAAUACGUGUCACGCCGGCGUACCCGAAGUGCUAGUCCUUCUACAGCCCGAGCAAAUCGACGCCGCGGUCCAGAUCGACCAUCCGACUCUCUACGUCCCAAAUCUGCCACUGGUGACCAGAUCCUGUCAGAUGACCUGUGGGACCCAUGGCCGGACGGAGAUUUUGAAAGGUUAUUCACGUGGGAGGAGGUAGCAAAAACUGAUAAUCUCAGGGAACAUUGGGCUUGCCAGCCGGGAGGAGGAGACAAGUGGGGGUCAGAGUCGGCACUGACGUGGUCACAAGGCAAAAAGACGAGACGUGUUUGCUUGGGUGUCAUUACUUGUGACGAACCUACCUGUGAGGUGGUUACGCGUCCACAGACACGCAGGGCAGGCAUCAUGGGGCAACUGAAUGCAUCGUGCCGUUGUGGCGGGCAGCUCACACACGUCGACUGUGGUGUCAUGUCAGUGCUGUAUUCAUACAAAGGGGGCGUCUACUACAUUCACAAGGGCGUUCACCACCAUCCAAAGCAAACCCACAUCCUGCAUCUAUCCCGUGACGAGCGGGCGAGAUUUGAACAAAAGGUCUUCGAAAACCCUGAUGCUGGCCCUGGAGCAUUGAUUGCUGGUCGUCACAGCCUUACUGCGCUGCCGGUUGAAGAAGAGAUUGCGCCCGUGAAACGUCGCCCUUCACUGCCAGCUGAAGAAUGCGCACCAGUUAAGCGUCGACGUGCUUCAAAGAGGGUCCAAAGAGGGAGGAAGAGAAAAUAGUCAUUGGCUGAUGCGACUAGAAGUAUUGUAGAACACUGGCGCAUCAGUGGCCGCGUCAAGGCUCGUCAGUGCCGCGUCAGUUCCAAGAAAAUAACCAUUAGCUGAGGACUAGCUAGUAGUAUAUGUGCCUAUGGUGAAUAAAAUCAACGAAGGAAUGAUCAUGAACCCAUGCAACUUGAUGUGG